AUGCAUAGUGUGCCUAGCUCUACCUCUACGUUCCCCUCUAGCAUUGAAACCACUCUACUCCCUCAAAAUACUGGUCUGUCACCCUCGUUAGGCAGCGGGGCUGGGAUGCCCCCUGACUGUGAUGGAAAUGAGACGCUGGACGAUAUCAGUUAUAUCUUCGACGGGUAUUGCUAUGGAUUUACCGUCUCCUGUGGCGAGCCCUUGGUGCAGAACGAUGUUUUCGCACAAGGCCGAGUCGCCGCCGCCGCCCGAUUUCCCGGAAACGCAUCUAGUACGGUAUCGUUCGACCCUGCCACGAUCAAACACCUGCCUAGUAAUUCUGGAGGCACCGGUGGAGGGGGGUUGACAUUCCUGACCCAGACCGUCAACAACAAAUCGUCGGUUGAAACGGUAAUUUCCACCGUGCUUAGCGGAGGAUCGGCUGGUGGACAGCAAACCGAAAGCGGCACCAGUGACGUGGGCCCGAUCCUCCCUACCCCGUCUCAGAGUAUGUGGAGUUCGACAUCGAUAUGGGCCUCGACUGGGACCAUCAUCCGGACCGGUAUGAGCUCAGGUUUUUCUAGCGGAGGCACUGGCGGAUCGGGCGUUACAUUUCCCACGACCACGACACGGCUUUCAAGCCCUUCUCUGGCCACCAUCACUACAAUCAAUGAGACACGAACUCUCACGGCGACCGUUGGCAGCACUGGGGGCAGUGGCGGCGGUGGUAGUGAUGGAGGUGACUCGACCCUCCCUACUUCAACUGCUACGUCCGAUUCGAGCAUCGAGACAGGUCCGGUUGGUACAGGCUCAUCUUGGCCGCCGUUCAGUAUAUCUAAUACCGAUCCCCAGACAGGACAACGGAGCACGAGCUCUCCAUAUACUGGCCUACCAUCUUCGGAUCUCCCGUAUCCAUAUCGUAACACUACAUCUGGCUCCCUUUCUUACCUCGCUCAAGGUGCCACUCGCCCUUCGUCCGGGACUCCUAUCCCUUCUGUCAACGACACGUCGCGAUCAUAUACCUUAUCCAAUACUGAUGAUGAUCGCUCAAGGAAUCGAACAACACCCACUCUUUCAGGUACACCCGUUCCUUCUGGGAAUGAGACAACAUCGUGGCAGUAUACCUUCACCAAUACGGACGAGGGCCGCACGAGGACUUUAAAUAGGUCCACUGUCUCUUCAGGCAUUCGCCUUCCUUCUGGCAACGAGAAAGCAUCGUGA